GCCACCUCCAGUCUCGCAAUAACAUCUUGUGACUACAGAGAUACACAGACAAUGACUCAGCACAAAAUACACACGUCCGCACACACACAAACCCAUCCCAGAGGGCUGGGUCAGCGAAACAAAGAACACACUCAUGGACCAAUGGGGAGUCGACACCGACCCGAGACCAGAUCGUCACUCCACUCAUCGACCAGUCAGGAGGACGAAUCUACAAAACUCAACAUACGUCAUUACAUUACAAUCAUGUUGUAUAAAACAGAUGCACAUUAUGUUUCGGGGCUCUUCCGCUAGUUCCCUAAGAGCUAAACGAACGAGUCCGUGCACGUUUUGCCAAAUAUCUUUGUCUCUUAAUAAAGCUGCCUUACUAUAAUUGAAUCCACCCGGUCCAGCGUCUUGACUUGGUCUCCUUCUCAAGUAACUGAUCAUCAACAAAACUUGGUAGCAGAGGAUGGUUUCAUACUUCUGAAUUCGGUCCAUAAAUGGUUGAUGUGAGAGGAGACAAGUCCAGGACAAUCUUGUAGGACGGGUGACCUGUCCGCAGGAGCCAUCGGCGAUUCUACUUGCCCCGGGAAACUGAUCAACGAGCUCGACAAAAAAAAAAAGGUAAUCAGAGCCUGUUAAAACAAAAUCUGCAUAUUGUAUUAUAGUCUUAUCCAAAUUUUGAUCAGAAGUACUGGGCGUGAGUAUGAAUUACUGUUAAAAUUCUAUGAAAUUAUAUUGACAAACGUUAAGGCUGAGUACAAGGAUAUUUUUGGUAAUAGGCCUGAUACCAAGUAGCAUCAGUAGAAACUGGGAUUGGUACAAAUGUAUUCCGUGAGAUUAUGACCAUCCACAGUGGCGUGUGGAUAGGAGACAUUAAUACAAAGUCGGGUACAUAAGAGUGAAAUAGAGAGAUCGUGUGUGACUCCCCUGUUAAAUUAAAAGCCUGUGUGGCGCAACAUUGAUAGAAUAUAUCUGCUAACUAGGGAAGGCUUACUGGAAUAGCUAACCAGAAGAGAACGCCCAGUUAAAUGCGGAUGGAUAAAGUAAGAUAACUUAAUUUAAUAACCCUGUUAAUUUCAUGGCCGACUGAGGCGGCGAGGAGUUUAGAGCAUCCGACUAUAGUGGGAUGACUUGGGAAAAUAAUAACCUGUGAUAACGUGUUUAGUUUCGUCCCGGACGUCUAAGAUUUAUUUUAGCCCGGUUGAUAUGUGGUAGGGAGGGACCCGUGCACAGCCAGUUCGUCUGAGACUUGUUCUCAGCCCUGUUGAGAGUGCUUGUUUGUACACAGCCCGUAAGUCUGAAGUGGCUUUCAGCCCAGGAGAGUGUUUUGUCUGUCUAGAUAGGUGGAUGACUGAGGUUAAACUCAGCCAGGAGGAGUGAUUUUUGUUGGACAUAUGGUCCGUUCCAUGAGACCCUGACUGUCGAUUUGAGAACUAAUUAGAACUGACUAAAUUGUGGAAAUAUAAUUUUGCAGCCGCCGUGCUGUUGGUAUUGUCUUGGGGUAUUUUACGCAGUUUAUCAAAUUACAAUUUUAAAACUUUGUCUACGAGGGUGGGGCACCAGAGAUAAGACUGUGCCAACACCGUGAAUACAUCGCUGGUUUUGACCAACGACGGGCUAAGUAUACAAAAAUAAAGGGACAUUUAUACAAAAUAAUAACAUGGCAGCCACUCCACCAACCAAACUUAAAUUUAGUGAAUAUUUGGAACAAAAAAUACAGGAUAGAGCUGGAGGAGAGGAACAAUAUAAAGCAAUAAGAAAAGUGUGGGAGGAAGUGAAGUUGAGAUGGACACAGGCGGGCUAUUUUAGCGGGGGAGCUCCCACUAAAGGCCAGCUGAUGGUGAUGGAGGAAGGUUUGAAGGAGGCAGUUCAGAAAGGAAUAGAAGGUGAGAUAGAAGGUAACAGAAAGCAUAUGUUUAAGAAAAAAGGGACUAAGAACAGAGAAAAGGCAGAAGCAGAACUGAGAAUAGGGGUUUGGGCAAUAGAGGAAACCAGGAGGGCACUCCCAUAUAAAAAACCAGAUAUGAUGGGGAUUGUGACUUCCACAGCCGCCGACUCACAUACAGACAUAUCAAAGGGAGAAGAGGCUACUCAGCCGUCGACUCGACUAUACCCGGCACUGCCUACUGACCCACCACCAUACUCUCAAGGACCCACAUCCCCGACUACACGGCACGAACCGAGCCGAUGCGUGAAAUGGUCCGCACAUCAGGGGCAAGAAAUUUCCAUGCUCCUCUGGCCUGGACGCCAGAAGCAUCCGAGGCUUUUGCUCUUCUGAAAACUGAUCUCUCUGUGGCCGCAGCUCUCACUGCCCCGGACUACCAGUCAAAAUUCCAUCUGGAUGUUUCUGAAAAGGAAGGUUUUACAUCGUCCGUCCUGUUUCAGAAACAAGAGGGGGAGAGGAGAGUGCUGAUGUACCAUUCCUCCAAACUGGACCACAUCGAAUUGGGACAAACAACAUGCUCCAGGUAUGUGGCAGCGGUGGCUAAAGCCAUUGAGAAGACAGCCCACCUGGUAAUGUGUCACCCUUUGGAAAUCCACACCCAUCAUGGAGUGGCAUCUUACCUCAUGAGCAAAGAAUUCACGUUCAGCUCUGAAAGAAAAAACAAGAUACAGAAUAAGUGCACACAGUCACACAUCACGUUUGUUAACACUGACAAAAACAUGGCAGACGCGCUAAAUGCAGAGGAAGGUUUACCUCACUCAUGCACCGAAAGAGCAGCGCAAGAACUAAAGCUGAGACCUGACCUGGAAAACAUGCCACAUCAAAACCCUGAUUUGUGGUUGUACACAGACGGAUGCUGCUACAGAGGAGAAGAAGGUAACAUAGCAGCCUACGCUGUGGUGCAACAAUUAUCAGAUGGCUCACACAUAACACUGGAAGCAGCCAUCAUUCCACAACCGGCAUCCGCACAACUUGCCGAGAUCAUAGGCCUAACACAAGCAUUGAAAAAAGCAGAAGGAAAAACGGUGAACAUUUAUACCGAUUCCGCCUAUGCACACGGAGCCGUCCACAUAGACGGACCACAAUGGGUGAGAAGGAACUUUACUACCACAGGAAACCUCCCCAUUAAACACAAGACACAAAUGGAGAAACUGAUUUCGUCCGUCUCCCUGCCUGAAAAGGUAGCUAUAAUGAAAUGCAAGGGACAUCAACGAUCAAACAACAGAAUCAGCGAAGGGAAUGAUGCUGCCGAUAAAGCGGCGAAGAAAGCUGGAGGCUACACACCCAGACAGAUGGUGAUGCGGCCAGAAACAUCACAGACCGAACUGACCCCACGAGACAUCAAGGAGAUGCAGCUUGGGGCAGGACCAUACGAACACUCAGUAUGGGCACAGAAGGGGGCGACCAAAGGACCUGAUGAACUGUGGAGAUGCCAUGAUGGCAGACUGGUAGCCCCCGCAAACCUGUGUCCUGAACUCAUACGCGAGGCUCAUGGGCCUACACAUGAGGGAAAACUGAAAACAUUUCAGAAGGUGUCAUACGUCUGGUGGCAUCCUCAUAUGAAGGACAUGACAGACUUACACUGCGAUGAGUGCGACAUAUGUGGGAGUCACAAUAAAAAAAAAAACUAUCAAACGCCCAUUUGUUCUUACCCUGUCCCUAAUGCAUGCUUCCAGGACAUUAGCAUAGAUUACACAGACAUGGGGUCAGACAACGUAGUGGGGGGGAAACGGUACCUACUGGUAAUGGUGGACCGUUUCUCCAGGUGGGUAGAGGCAAUACCAACAGCAAAGGAAGACGCAAAGUCAGUCAUAAAAUGGCUACAGACGGAGCUCAUACCUAGGUAUGGGGUUCCAAGACAAAUUCGAUCCGACAAUGGGUCCCAUUUCAGUAACAAACACCUGAGACAGGUGGAGGAGAGAUUCGGGAUUGAACACAAAUUUGGGUCAGUGUACAGGCCCCAGUCACAGGGUCUUGUGGAGCGCGCUAACCAAACCCUGAAAGCUAAAAUAGCUAAGGUAUGUGCUGGUUCAAAGUUGACUUGGGUUGAGGCCCUGCCCCUGGCGUUGAUGGCUAUGAGAGCCUCUCCAGGAGCAGGGACCCAUCUCUCUCCCCAUGAGAUAAUGACUGGCAGAGUCAUGCCUGGUCCACCAAGGGAGGGAGGUCAUAUGCCCGCCCUUGAUGUACAACAAAUUGCAAUGUCUGACUAUGUGAGAAAACUGACAGAACUUUCUGCAGCUCUCUCCACACAGAUCCGCAAGGUCCAAGAGGGGGAGCUGUCGGGAGACUCGCCAACACUGAAGGUAAAAGUUGGGGACUGGGUGAGGGUCCGAGUCCACAAGAGAAAGUGGCUGGAACCCAGGUGGACUGGACCGUACGAAGUGAAGGAAGUUACUUCACACUCAGUCCAGGUCAAAGGUAAAUCAGGCGCACCUUGGCACCACCUAACACAUUGCACGCCAGCCCCAACUCCUUCCAGAACAUUGACUGAAACCAGGGCCGACUUACGCGCCCUUGAUUCGACCCCAACCACUGACUCCUUGGACGAGGAAAAUGGUGCCACCGCCCCCUUUUCCUCGCCCUAAGGCUCCUCAAGGAAGGGAUCUCCCUCCCUGGGUGAGACUGGGGAUAUCUGCCCCACUGUUUCUCUUCUUUAUAAUUCUGAUUGGGGUACUGUUUGGCACGCUCACAUGGGGAGUACAACAACUCACGCACAGGAACACACCCAACAAUACACUGUCUUACACUCAGAUAACCACUGGUAACAGUACACAGCCGCACUCGACCCAUAGGAUCCAUACUCGCUCCACGCCCUCAAAUGACCAAGAAUGCACCCCUGGUCAGGUUAGGAGCACCACACUAUGCAUACCUAGUAACAUUUCCACUUCUGCGCUUAUUUUAUGGGAUACCCUGGGAGGGUCACACCUCUCAGCUAAAAAAGGAACAUCAGCAGGAUCCUAUAGAGGAUGGGAUUGGUAUAUGACUGUAGGGGCCCAGCAUGGUGACUGGACCUGGGAUAAUCUAGUGGCUGAGACCGGAUAUGACUGGUCCAGUUACACCUCAACCGGGUUAGGUACUCAGUGGCGGCCUCGUUUGACUCUCGCCACUGAGCAUACAGGAUUGAAAGUUGGCAUCCGUCCAGUGUCUUCCACGGGCUGUCAAGACUUUAGAUUGGCUCCUUAUGUAAGUUGCACCGCCACACCUGUAUAUUGGAAAAUUCAGGUAUGUGUGGUUACUAAUUCUACGGUACAUUCAAUUACUGUAGGGAUAAACCUCACUAGCCCAAUUUUUGAUUCCGUUACCAUCCUUACAGCUCCUUCUACACCUGAUGGGGAGAUCCUUACGGCCACUGGCAUCUCCGGUUUCGGUAAUAAUUGGCUGCUGCUGGCUGAGGAAGCCGGUAAAACAAGCUGUGUGGUAUGUAUGGGGCCACGGCCACUCCUUCGUAUUGUGCCGGUGGUUAUCCCUGCGGCGUGUGUACUUCCGGUAAUGAAGCAUGAUAACCCACAUCCAAACUGCUCUAGUUGGGAUAAAGUCUUCCCAUUAGUAAAGGCAUCUAGACGAGAGCCCCUUGUUUUCUUCAACGGUUGCAAAAGCCGAAUUUAUGUGUGUAAAUAUGUCCCGAGGCCCACCUGAUUUCGGUGGGGUGCCCUUAGCUUGGUGUAAUCUUACUUAUAAUCCUAACAUGGCUUUUAAACAUGUUUCCAGGGCGGACGUGUGGUGGUGGUGCGGCGGAACCCACCUGUACGAUGGGUUUCCCGGAAACGCCACCGGACUUUGUGCCCUUGUUUCUCUUCUUCUCCCCAUUUCAAUUUACCCUGUUGAACUUCAGGACCUGUUGACCAGCAUGGAGAACGAGGGGGGCCAAUCCCGAGCUAAACGUUCCCUCGGCAGCUCCUCGGGGGACCCCACCUAUAUUGACGCCAUAGGUGUCCCUUGUUGGGUUCCAGAUGAAUACAAGUUAGUAGAUCAAGUGGCUGCCGGCUUCGAAUCCUCUAUAUGCUGGUGGUGCACCAUUAACAAAAAUAUCGAUCGAAUUAACUAUAUCCAUUAUAAUGUCCAGAAAUUGGGUAAUCUUACUCAACAGGGUUUCGAGGCAAUACAUAGUCAGUUGUCUGCAACUUCCCUUAUGGCUUACCAGAACCGCAUAGCUGUUGACAUGUUGUUGGCUGAAAAGGGUAGUGUUUGCUCAAUCUUUGGGGAACAAUGUUGCACUUUCAUUCCCAACAACACGGCGCCGGAUGGAAGCUUCUCCCUUGCCGUUGAGGGCCUUCAGACCCUUAACGGUAAAAUGAAGCGGCACUCUGGGGUUGAUACCUCUAUGUGGGACUCCUGGAUGGAUGCCUUUGGUAAAUAUAAAACUCUGGUGUCUUCCAUCCUGGUUUCUAUUUCUGUCUUUGUUGCUAUCCUAGUGCUAUGCGGUUGCUGUUGUAUUCCUUGUGCACGCACGUUGGCCAAUAGAUUAAUUACUACUGCGAUCUCCCCUAACCCUGCGGAUGCGGCCCAAAUGUACCCACUGCUUGACGCUGCUGAUAUAGAUCCAGUCUGGAUCCAAGACGAUCCUCCGUAAUUGUGAAGAGGGGGACUCACAAAAUUUGCCAGCUGCAAAUUUCGGUUUCUAUGGUUCACGUCUUUUAGACGUGAAGAGGGGGAUUUGUAAUAAAUAUAUUUGAUAAGCUGGUCUAUUGCGCAACACUUAUCUGCUGAUACAAAAGACACAUUCUGUGUUGAACUGAUACUAGCUAUACACGCACACCCAGAAACAGAUUGGCCGAAUUAGACCUUACACAGCACUGAUAAAACAGGAAAUGCCCUGAUCACAGGGGCCAUGUCCAGUCUCGCAAUAACAUCUUGUGACUACAGAGAUACACAGACAAUGACUCAGCACAAAAUACACACGUACGCACACACACAAACCCAUCCCAGAGGGCUGGGUCAGCGAAACAAAGAACACACUCAUGGACCAAUGGGGAGUCGACACCGACCCGAGACCAGAUCGUCACUCCACUCAUCGACCAGUCAGGAGGACGAAUCUACAAAACUCAACAUACGUCAUUACAUUACAAUCAUGUUGUAUAAAACAGAUGCACAUUAUGUUUCGGGGCUCUUCCGCUAGUUCCCUAAGAGCUAAACGAACGAGUCCGUGCACGUUUUGCCAAAUAUCUUUGUCUCUUAAUAAAGCUGCCUUACUAUAAUUGAA